AUGUCCGUCGCGGGCGACGUUCUCGACCUCGCGCUCACUCAAGACGCCCGCACGUUGGGUCGGCUUUCCCGUCCUACCGAUAUACAGACUGCGGGCGUCCGAGGAGCGAAGCGCUUCACCACAAUCCCGAGGGUCCGCGGAAAGGUGUCGCACGAACAUGGACAGGAGUUCCUUCGGGAGGCGGGGAACAUGUGGGGACGGGGUCAGUUCCACGCGCGCAACAUCAUGAAGUUCACCCUCUCGACUCUCCCGAUCCUCGCGGCGAUGGCAGCCGCUGCCAGUGCCCGGUUCAUCAUCAACACGCCAAUCCGCGGUCCCCCGGGUACUUUCCAGCGCGCGUUCUUCAACCUGACAGGCCACUCGUUCGUGUGGGAGGUCGACCUCAACGCAGGAAGCGUCGUCACUCUGGUUUUGGAAGAUGCCACUGGCGCUGAAACCGAGUCGGCUCCGGUUACCAUUAGCCCCAGCAGCAACAGUAGCUGCAUCUAA